UUUUUUCCUUUUCUCUUUGCUUUUUUUGUAUCCACCUUGUUCAUUUUUACACUUGUCUUUAUUGUCCGCGAGACGAUAAACCUACAUCGCCUUUUUUCACUACGUUUUUUCAACUCUCAUUACCAUCCCUUCCUCUGUGUGUAUCAAUAGAGGUAUAUGCGUUUAACUCUCAUAGACAAGGAUCCUUACCCUUUUCGCUUUUGUCCAUUAUAUUUGUAAUUAUUUGUCUUUACUUCCACGCUGUCGUUGGUUUAUCUCACACAGAACAUACGCACUUUACGCUAAGUCAGGCAUGUCAACCACUGACACCAACAGCUUGAGUAGCAGGGGCAGGAGCAGGAGCAACAGCGCGACCAUCACACCGCCCACACAAAUACCCGACGUUGAUGAGGAGGCCAAGGGCCCAACACAACAGACAGCGUUGAUAUCUGCUGUGGAGUAUCGGUGGCGCGGCCGCGACGUUGUUUUCGUCGACCCUUUGGACUAUUCCGUCCCUUAUUGGUGGCCCGCAAUGAUCGUGCCGACAGAUGAAAUUGAUGCAACCAUGGGCUGUUUGAGCCUGGGACCAGAGGAGUAUCUGGUCAAGUACUUUGAGGACUUUAAAUAUUCUACGGUCAAGGGCAGUGAGCUGCGUCUAUUCGACACCAGCCAGCCGCCAUUCACAGAUUUUGCUGCCACAUCACCGUCGUUUCUCCGUGACAAAGCCAUCAAGGGCGCACUGUCUUAUCUGAGGACCGGUCUGGUGCACACAAAGUUCCAGUGGCGCCUGUGGCAGACAGGGAGCGAAACCAUAGUACUACCCUUCACGCUCCAGGAAACUGCCACUGGUACUGCCCAUCAGGUGAACAUGUCGCUGGUGCCGCUGAUUGGCGGAGAUGCAGAUAUCCGAGCGGGGAAUCAUGUGACAUAUGAUCAGCUGGAGGCCAGUAGCGCUGCUGUUGCUGUUGCUGUUGUGGAGGAGGAGGAUGAGGAUGGUGGUGUUGGGUCUGACGGGUCGCCGCUGACAUCGAAUGCUCUGCUAGACUCUGCGCCUAUGGGUGCUGAGAAUGGUCGGUUGCCCAAGCAGCAGCAGCAGCAGCGUGAUGGGCAAAUCCCAGAUGCCCAGGAUGACUCAAUCGUCGAAAAAACCAAGGACACCACAGAAGCAUUGCAUGGGGAGAUAAUGUCCAAAAUCUGCGAUGUAUCGCAGGUGCAAACCCCAUCUGCCGACCAACCACCUUCGCCUUCAUUACAGCCAAUAGUGCCCUCAGAAGAUGCUGACGACGCCAACGAGGCUGAUGACGAAGACGCGCAGCAGCAACAGCGGCAGCUCACCGUGGAUACUCCAGCAUCCACAGCUACUGCCGACACAACACCUGAGAUCACCACGCCCCAGCCAACCGCACGCAACCGCCGCCCACGCGCCCCACGGCCCAACCCUACCACCGUGGCAGCAGCAGCGGCAUUACCAGGGACCGGGGGCAGACGCGGCCGACCGCCACUGGCCAGCAAGCUGGGCCAGGUUCAGGCCAAGCACAAAAGAAAUGCCAGCUCAAUUGGCGGCGGUGGCGGCAACAGCGGGUCAAAGAGGCAAAAAGAGAUCACACCCGCACUUGAUGAUUUGAACAAGCCAAGCGAUGUUGCAGCUGCAGCACCAGGAGGAGAAUCGUCAGAGAUACGGGAUAUUGUUAAAAAUAUGGAGGAGGUCCAGGAGGAGUACAGGUUUUAUAGGGCGCUUGUGCGCAGAGCUGCAAAGGAUCUGUGGACAGAAAUGGGUAACGAGUGGCCGCCCAACCUUGGCACGUCUACGCGAUUCGGAAAGCGUAGAAAGAUUGUCUAGUAAUUGCUGGAGGCGUUCCAUUUGGCUUUCUUGCACUUACGCGACCGAGAAAGAGAGAAAAAUAGAUAUUAUUAGGACUCGUGACUGGCUUAUACACGGGACUUCACCCAUAGCCCUUUUUGUAUGCCAGUGUUUCCAUAAAUCAUUAAUUAUAAUAUUUUUAUAUAUUUUUUACAUUAAAAAGAUUAGAAACUAUUA